AGAGACUCCACAGACUGAACCCGAGCUGCGGGUCAGAUUGGGCGAAUAUUAAACAGCAGCUCGAUGCAAACACUAAACGACGGCUGAUAUGAGGAAUUUAAGCCCUGACCCUUUUUUUCGUCAGGGACCAGCGCCGUUACGUCGAAAGAGCAGCGAGAGCCGGGAUAUAUUGCAGCGACUUUAUCAGCCAGAGCAACCCCACACUGUUGUUACUCACUUCGUAAUAGAUAAUAAAUAAUAAUACCGCGAGAGCUUGCAAGUUGCUUCAAGACUGUGGUUGCAACUGUCAAAGGUGGAGUGGAUACGCGCAUGACCCAACACACACUACUGUAAUACUGUACACGGCCGCCGAGAUCAAAUCCGUAUAAAAAAAAAAGCCGAAAUAAUCCUGAGGUAAGGAGCUGAGGACUGGACUAACAUCUGGCGUUUCUUCUUUUCCUUCGCUUCGUUUUCUUUUACUCUAACCGACUGUCUCACAGCCGUCGAAAUUACUGCACUAAACAUAUUUUUGUGCCUCCCUUUAGCUACAGCCGGCGCAGGGAUUGUUUUUUUUUUUUUUUUUUUUCACUCCUCCUUCGUAAUAAAGUCGCCAUUUUGCUUCACUGCCUAUAUAAACCAUUCUGUAUUCUAAUAUUUUUCCUCCAGGAGCCGAGGACCUGGCCGUGUUUCCUGGUUGUUUUUUAAUAUUUCUGGAGGGCGUAAGGAGAAGACGGAGGUUGGAGAGGUGCCUCGUGGUGUACAUAUUAAUGCAGAAAAGGAGGAGGGAGGAGAAUGCGUUUGGAAAAUGGGAAUGAGGUGAAACUACACUGGAUUUCUUUUCAUGGACACUGGGGAUUGUGAUUUUUCCUCUUGUCGUCGUGCUCAGAGGAGACGAGGCUCACUUCAGCCCCCCCCCCCACCAGCCUCCUGUCUGAGCGGCUCUUGACGUACAAGCAGGUGUGAUUGCCAUGUAACACAACAUUGGUGGAAAAAACGCCCACUUUGGUGCCUGUCUCUUGACCUCCUCCCGUCACGUGGGUGACCCGGUGGGGCCCCCCAGGGCUCCUGCUGCUGAGUGACUGCCCCGCAAUUCAGGCAUGGAGAGCUCCAGUGGCCCCAGGCUUGGGAAGAUGUUCUCACCAGGCCUGCCAAGGGGCCAAACACCCAAGCAUGGACGUCCCCAGGAGUUUGUUAGAGGCACGCCAGGCCCUGAAAACAACAACAAACGUAGUUUGAUGUGUGAUGAGCAAGCAGAUGGGAAGAAAAAAGGUCGGCCUAAAACCGAAGGUCAGGAACUCAGGACCAUUCCUGCUCAUUUGAUAAUACAAUGGAAGGAAGAGUUCAAGCGCCGCUCCAGGGUUAAAUGUCCAUGUUCAGGCUGUUGGUUAGAAUUUCCCAGCAUCUAUGGCGUCAAGUACCACUAUCAACGCUGCCAAGGGCCCACUGUGGCCGAGAAGCUGAGUCAUGGCUGUCCCUACUGCGAGGCAGCUUUUGCCACAAAAGUAAGGCUGGAGAAGCACAAGCUGUGGAACCACCCAGACAGAGUCAGCAAGGAAGCCAAGGAAGAACAGCUCCUUAAGAUUCCUGUCAAGUGCAACAGCAAGAAAAGGCCCAUGGAGAACAGCCCCCCCUCGCCAGUGUUCAUCAAGGUGAAGAAGACUUAUGAGGUGUCCACACCGUCUCAGAACGGAGAACUUGCCCACCUGAAGAGCGAGAGGAAAGUGCACAAUCAGGUCCCGGCUUCACAGCAGAUUCACCCAUCACACACAGUUCAGCCUCAGCCACGGUCUCAAAGCACAUCGUCGGACGCAGGAGGGAGUGAAAGUGAAGGCGGAAGUCUUCCCUCUUCUUACCCUGAUGAAGAUCCAGAGCGAAUGAGGCACAGACGGAAGCAGAAGACUCCGAAGAAAUUCACAGGAGAACAGCCGUCAAUAUCUGGGACAUUUGGACUUAAAGGCAUGACUAAGGUAGAAGAGAAGCUGAAGGCAGGUCGUGUGAAGAGACCAGAGGGCUGUGGCUUCAGCGAUGAGCCUCAGAGAAGACCUCUAUCGGCUCAGUCCUCCAAGAAAGAGCCAGCGACAGCAAGCUCGGGUGGUGUUUCUGACACUCAGUGGCAGCGAACAAUCUCAGAGCGCGGUGAAGUGGUGUGUCCGACCUGCUCUAUUGUCACCAGGAAAACAAUCCAUGGCCUGAAGAAACACAUGGAGAUCUGCCAGAAACUCCAGGAUGCCCUAAAGUGCCAGCAGUGCCAGAAACAGUUCCGCUCCAAGGCUGGCCUCAACUACCACACCAUGGCUGAACACAGCACCAAGCCCUCGGGGAGUGAAGGCCAGACAGGCAGCGAGCAUGAAGAGAGAGAACGGCUGCGGCGAGUGCUCAAACAGAUGGGACGAAUCAAGUGUCCUAGUGAGCCUGUGUUUCUGUGUCAGCACUGUGGGAAAAGGUACCGUUCCAAGGCAGGCAGAGACUACCACAUACGCACCGAGCACCCGCCAACCUUCACCACCAUCAUGACAGCAACAAACACCAAUAACUACAAGAAGAGCGUUACUGACACCAACAACAAUACUGGCAAGGAAAGGGGGAUCUUUGAGGACUCUCCAUCAGCAGAGAAGAAGAAAGAGCAGAACCUGGCUGAGAGGAAAGACUGGCAGGAAAAACCACCAUCUAGCCAGCUUAAAGAAAAGGAGUUGGAAAAGGAAGAGGAGAGAAAACAAAGCAAAGAGAAAGCAGCACAAAUUAAAAACCAGGGGGAGGACUUUGAAAGGACCCCAAGCGGCCGAGUGAGGCGGCAGUCUGCUCAGGUGGCAGUGUUCCACCUGCAGGAGAUAGCAGAAGAUGAGCUGGCCAAAGACUGGGGCACCAAGCGACGCAUCAAGGACGACCUGGUACCUGACAGCAAGAGGUUGAACUACACACGUCCCGGCCUCCCCAACUUCAGCCCAGAGCUACUGGAGACCUGGAAGAACCAAGUGAAGGAGAAGGGCUUCAUUUGCUGCACAAAUGCUAACUGUGAAGCUGUCUAUUCCAGUGUGUCUGGACUGAAGGCACACCUUGCUAACUGCAGCCAGGGUGGUGGUGAAAUGGGAAAGUACACCUGUCUGAUCUGUCAGAAGGAGUUUAGCUCAGAGAGUGGUGUCAAAUAUCACAUCAGUAAGACACACUCACAGAACUGGUUUCGUGCAUCAACCAGCCAAGUUGUCUCUGGUAACAAGAGUAAAGGGUUGGAGAGCAAUGGAUUUAAAGCUGAGGUGAGGAACGGUGCCCCAGCUGGUAAGAAGAGGGGCCGGAAACCAAAAGAGCGCCCCCUGAUGGACGAGCCUCUUCAAACAAAGACAGACGCUCUCACCGCCACCCAAAAUUCACCUCCAGCCAUGACCCCUCCCUCUUGCUCAACACAGUCCCCAGCCCUGAUCCCUGAUCAAACGGACAGUGAUGAUCCAGGCCAGGAGAAGCAAAUCCUCCCCUCUGCCACCAGACGGAGCAAACCCAAGAAGAUCUAUUUGUCAGAGUAGCACUGCUUUAAUCAUCCCUGGAGUCAGAGUGGAUGCUUACCGUACACAUACCGCCUGGAAUCUAAAAGGACCUUUCCAACUUGGCUCUGAGUAGAAAGCCAGAUCCACCAUGAAGACAUUAAAGAUUUAAAACAGUCUUUACAUCUUGGUUUUAUACCUUUAGAGUUAAUGUGUGCACUGGUAUGAAAACUUAUCACCACAGUAGUACAUUUUCUCUAUUCCACUUCUGUUUCCUUUAUAGGACUCACAUUUCAAUUUCUGUUCUUACAGCAGAGGCCGUAAACCAAGAGCAAAUCCAAACCCUAACAUGGAUAGAAGUCUUUAAACAGAAGUAGUAUCCCAAAUAGACAAACCAUAAUAAUUUUCUCUGCAAGAUUCAAACUGUUUGGAAAGGAUUUGAAAAUGAGAUCAUAUUAGCAUGGUGAAGUCGUUUUACGAUAGCUGGUGUUUUUUCAUGUUUCCUCACAGAUAUACUGUACCUGUACAUAAGCAGUAUCUAUAUCUAUAUAUCUAUAUACUCAAAGAAAUGAUGCCAUCCUUUGUUUUCAAGCCUGAUAUGUCCAGUUGGCUUUUCGUCAGUCACAAAUUUUGCGGUGUGUUGUAGUGCAACAUUGUUUAAAUGUAUUGUUUUUCCUUCUAGUUUUGCCUUCAUUGCUUGAUUUAGGUUUCUAAUUCUUGUGAGCAAAUUUUACACAAGCUAAAAUGUUCUGUUUUUAAUUUUUUCCCAACGCUGUUCCAUUACACUGAAGUUGAUAAGCAGUACACCCAGAAUAGGGAUCUUUUUUUUUUUUUUUUACUUUUAUCUCUUAAGAUAUACGUUGAUUACAAUAAUACAUAAUAUGGCAUUAUUUAAUUGAUUUCAACAAGAAGCAAAAGAAGGUCUGGCAAAGCUAAAUAUUUAAGACGAGUGAUUUUUAAGAUUGUUGCACCAUUGCAGCACAAUCAAAUGAUAGAUCUCUCUUAGAAGGAGGCCAUACUUUGGACUCUGCUUUACUAUGAAACUAAGCUGCAGAGCAGAUAAAAAAAGAUAUCUUUUAUAGAAAGGUUUAGGAUGAUUUUGUUACACUAGCAAAACAUGCAAAUCAACAUUCUCAGUAAGUGAUGUAUUUGAGUGAAUUCCUGGAAACUAAAAGUUAAUGCCUUGCACUUUAACCCUCUACCCUUCUUACUCCCCUCUUGUCUUUUUUGCACUCUAGGACUAUUCAAUCUAGCCUGCAGGUCGUCUGUUUAACAGGAGAGGGAAAAUGUUCUGCUCUGAUGGAAAAGUUGAAACAAAAACAGGAUUGUUAACUCCUUCUGAUCUAUGGAACAGGACUGUAUGAUUAUCCUUUACAGGUCCUUACAAAAGUGUUCAUACCCCUCAAAUGUUUUAGCAUUUUAUUUCAGUGUAACCACAAACUUCACUGUGCUUUGUUUAGGUUUUAUGCAAUCAACCAACAUGUAGUAACAAUUAAUUAAUUAUAGUAUUUUUUGCCAAUAAAAAACUGCAUAGUCUCUCAUGCAUCUGUACAACUCUGCCUUUUGAGGUAUAGCUCUUCCACCUUUGUACACUUGGAGACUGAGAUUUAUGCCUCUUCUUUACAAAAUAGUCCAGCCUUAGUCAGAUUUGAUGUAGAGUAUCCAUGAGCAACAAUUUUCACCUAAUGCCACAGAUUCUUAGUUUGAUUUGGGUCUUGACUUCGACUGGGCCAUUUUAACAUAAAUAUGACUGGAUCUAAACCGUUCAAUUGCAUGUUUAAGAUUGUUGGUGAACUUCCACCCCAAUUUCAAGCCUUUUAAAGCCUCUAACAAGUAUUUUUCCAGGAUUGCCCUGUUUUUAGCUCCAUCCAUCUUGCCAUCAACUCUGACCAUUUUAAGAAAAGCAUUCCCACAGCAUGAUACUGCCACCAUCAUGUUUCACCUUGAUGACGGUGUGUUUAGAGUGCAGUGUUUGAUAUGUACCACACACAGAAUUUUGCAUGUGGGGCAAAAAGUUCAACAAUAGUGUAAUCUGACAAGGGUGCCACUUUUAAACUUUGCUGUCCCCCCUGCAUGGCUUGUGGAAUGCUGCUAAUGGGACUCCUUAUCAACAGUUUCAUUCUUCUAAGCUAAGGAUGCUGUUUCCACCAUUUCUACUACAUUUCUACAACUUUCUCCCUGACCUGUCUGAUGUGCUCCUUUGUCUUCAUGACGCUGUUUGUUCACCAAUGCUCUCUAACAAACCUCUGAGGCUUUCGGAUAACAGCUGGAUUUAUUCUGGGAUUAACUCUGUUUACUAAUUAGGUGAUUACUAAAGGCAGUUGGUUGCAUAAAAUGUUAUUUAGAUGUAUUAGAUUAAAAGAAGCUAAAUAUGUAUGCACAACAGGCUGUUUAGAUUUUUAUAUUUAAAAGAAAUAAAAAAACAUUAUUUCCUUGUUUUUUACAAUAUGCACUACCUUGUAAUUGUCUAUUACAUAAAAUCCCAUUAAAAUACAUUGACAUUUUUAUAUUGAUAAAUGUGAAAAGGCUCAAGGGGUGUGAAUAUUUUUGUGAGGCCCUGUAACCCAGAAAGCCAUAACUGGUCUUAAUGAAGUUUAGAGUUUUUCAACACUUUAGCUUCAGAUUUGCUAUGAAAAAGAACAAAGUCAGAUUACUUGAUUACUGAAGAUGAAAGAAUAUUUUCACUUUAACAUGUUCAAAGUAGAUACUUGAAUCCACAGUUAUAUUAAACUUUCCAGCAAAUGUAAACAACAUAUUAUUUGGUUUAUUUGUGCUGUUUAUGUGUAUAAAAUAAUGACUUACUUGCUUUCAAAAAAAAAACUAAACAAAAAGAUCACAAAUCUAUUAUAUUUUCUUGUGUGUAUUAACCUAGAUAGCAAUCUGCUAGUUUUGGAUAUAUUAUGACGUAAGAGGAUAGUAAGGGUCCUUCACUUGCCACUUUAACUUAAAGACCUAAAACAACUCACUUAAAGUCUAAUAAUCCAUCCAGCCAUGACCCUCUUACUGGCAAGUUGUCUGAGUUCUAAAGCGAAAUGUCAAAUUAGUUGUUAAGAGCAAGCACUGAUGUCAGCAGAACAUGUUCUAGGAAUAUAGAGUUUAAUAUGCUAUGUGUGUGGUUCAGGUGUUACCUUUUAUAAUGUACAGCAAAGAUUCAGCUUGAAUUCCUCCUUUACUAAUCACACAGUGGGGUGUAUUCAGAUGGGGGUGAAUAUGUUUUUGUAGUGUGACGGGCCUUCAUCUGCUAUUUAGGUUCAAGUUGACAAAGAGCAGAAGUUAGAGAAGCACUGAUCGGUCCGUGGACGUUUCUAACAUGAGUUGUCCAGACCUUGCGUGUGUGUGUGUGCGUGCGUGCGUGUGUUUGUAUUAAACAGUUAGCACCUUUGUAACGAGUGGAUGUCAGAGAACGGUGACGCUCUCUGUUGAGUGUGUUGCUGUGGCACAGAAUCAGUUCGUCAGCUGCUUGUUUCUCGUUUCAUUAAAACAUUGCGUCGACUGUGUUUACCCGACAAGCUUUUGGUGUUGCAAUAUGAUAGUUUAGCACUGCUUAGAAGAGUGAAUAUUUUAUAUUUUAUAACACCCUUUACUAUCUGUCUUCCUAUUACUUGGAAAUCACAUCUAUCCUGCAGUGUGAGUUAACUGCAACUUGUUUAAAACAUACAGCAAUAUACCAUAUUUAGCUGAUUUUGUUGGCUUGCCAAUAUUCUGAUAUUGAUGUGUCUUAGAAGUGUAUGGCUUUUUUCCACCCCACUGAUUUUCCUUGAUUGCUUUAAAAAUGCUUUUUACAUUAUAUGAAUUUUACACGACGACAUUGGAAAAAUAAUGGUAGACCACAAAGAACCUGGUUAAUAUACAUUGUUAUUUUAUCAAUUUUGAUUAUGCUCGUGAUUUGAGCUUUUUUCAGUACACAAAGGCAACCCUGUCGAGACAAACCUUUAUUAUUAUUAUUACAUAUAGAUAUGGGGGCAACAAGGCAUAUGUAUGUGUGUUUGUUUCUGUAUUUAGUGCACUUACUAUAACAUAAAAUAGGCUUGAAAAUAGGAGUGUUGUUGGAGCUUUCUAGUGAUCUGGACUGUGUGGUGUGACUUUUGUACCCAGGGAAACAGGAGGCUCAAGUGUCUUCCCUUUGUCAGCAAUGUUAUUUCCAAAACCAAGGUUAAUCCUUAGAAAUCCUCUUAGACAGCCUAUGAAUUUUACCCUGGUUCGUUUUGUAUGCUACCUACUUGAAAAGCAGAAACUGGCAUCCGGCUCUGGUGCCGGUCAUUAUGAUGAAAUAUUUUAGAGCUGCACGAUGGCUCGUAACUGUUUAUGAUACAUUGGUAACAGAUAAAAUGAUGCUAAUUAUGUAAUAAAGAUUUCCAUAUCCGAAAUUAAGCUGUAUAGUACCUAACACAGGAGGAACCAACACCUCCUUUGUGUCUGAACUGUUACACUUUUUUUCCCAAACUUGUUGUAUUUCCUGUGCAUUAAUAUCCCUUAACUAAUUAAUAAAGUUUGAUGACUAAA